AUGGACACCCGGUUCACUCGAGGGAAAUCCACCAUAUUGGAGCGCCCCUUGACGAGACCCAAGACUGAAGUCAGCUUGAGUGCGUUUGCAUUGCUGUUCUCAGAGAUGGUCCAGUACUGUCAGAGCCGGGUGUACUCUGUUUCGGAGCUGCAGACGCGCCUGGCUGACAUGGGCCAGAGUGUGGGUGCCGGCUUGCUGGAUGUGCUCGUGCUUAGGGAGAAGAAUGGCAAGAGGGAAACAAAAGUGCUUAACAUGUUGCUCUUUAUUAAGGUAAAUGUAUGGAAGUCUUUAUUUGGGAAGGAGGCCGACAAACUGGAGCAGGCCAAUGACGACGACAAGACUUACUACAUCAUAGAAAAGGAGCCCCUCAUCAAUGCUUACAUCUCUGUGCCCAAAGAGAAUAGCAGCUUAAACUGCGCUGCCUUUACUGCAGGCAUCGUGGAGGCUAUCCUCACACACAGCGGUUUCCCUGCUAAGGUUACAGCCCAUUGGCACAAAGGCACCACACUCAUGAUCAAGUUUAAUGAGUCUGUCAUUGCCCGGGACAAGGCUUUAGAUGGCAGAUAA